AUGCCUGAAAAGAUCCAUGUGAGCGCCAAGGGCGCGUUCUUGGAUCCAGACGGUAACGAAAUUGUGUUGAGAGGAGUAAAUUUUGACUCUUCCGCAAAAAAUCCAGUGAAACCGACUUCUACAAGCCAUUCCCCCUUGACUUCUGGGUUUUACGAUGAUGCUAGUGAGGUCAGCUAUGAGGACAAUUUGACCAAGAUUGAGGAGUUGGCUGUGCAUUUAGUGCGACUCAAGAGUUUAGGUUAUAACUGUAUUCGGUUCCCGCUCACGUGGGAGGCCCUGGAGCACGAGGGUCCUCAGGUUUACGAUUUCGGGUAUAUGGACUAUUUGAUCGAGGUUUUCCGCCAAAUUCAGGAAGUUGGUGGCAUUUACGUGUAUUUGGAUCCGCACCAGGAUGUGUGGUCCAGGUUUACCGGCGGGUCCGGUGCACCGCUUUGGUCUUUACACUGUGCUGGGCUUGAACCUAACCGGUUUGCGAGUACAGAGGCUGCGAUUUUACACAAUUUCUACAUCGAUCCAGCGACUGGCGAAGAACGUGAACCGUACCCCAAAAUGUUAUGGCCUACCAACUACAACAGGCUCGCUGCACAGACGAUGUUCACGCUUUUUUUCGGUGGUAAACAGAUCGCUCCAAAAUGCGUUGUGAAUGGGCAAAACAUCCAAGAUUACUUGCAAGACCGGUUUAUCGAAGCGAUUUUGACUUUUUACGCGCGUUUGAUCAAGAAGGCACCGGAACUUGUCGAAAAGAAUUGUGUCAUAGGACUUGAAACUAUCAACGAGCCCAGUUGUGGGUAUUUUUGCGACCCAGAUCUCUCUCAGAUCCCCAAGAGCCGGAAGCUAAAGCGUGGAACUACUCCUUCAGGAUUUCAAUCCUUUAUGUUGGGCGAAGGAAUUGCAACGGAAGUGCCCACUUAUGAAAUAUCCAUUUUUGGGCCUCGCAAGACUGGGACAAAACUCAUCGAUCCCCAGGGCGAAUCAGCUUGGCUUUCCAAGGAAGAACGCAACCAGAUUGAUAAAGUCCACGGCUGGAUCAGGUCUGACGAAUGGGAAGCGGGUAAAUGCAUUUGGCGGCUGCAUGGAGUGUGGGAAUUUUCGCAGGACGGCAACCCGAGAAUGCUCAAACCGGACUAUUUUUAUCACAUCAAUGGUGAAAGCACUGAAUUCACUAUUCGAGAAUUCACUAACACCCUCUUCGUCGAUUUUUAUGCUAAAUAUCGUGCGGGUGUGAGGAAGAUUUGCCAGGAGUCCCUAAUAUUUCUGCAACCUCCUACACUGCAAGAACCACCCAAAUUGAAAGACUCAGAAUUAAUUGAUAAGCGUACAGUUUAUGCUUGUCACUUUUAUGAUGGUAUGUCACUAAUGUUCAAAACUUGGAAUCGCUAUUACAAUGUCGACACUUUAGGGAUCAUGAGAGGCAAGUACAAAAACCCAGUAUUCAGUAUUGUGUUUGGCGAAAACAAUAUCAAGAAGUGCUUUCGCCGCCAGUUAUACGAAAUGGCCGUAGAGGGAAAAGAAUUUCUUGGCCAAGGGGUACCGGUUUUUUUCACUGAAAUCGGCAUGCCUUUCGACAUGGAUAACAAAAGCGCGUAUAAAGACGGAGUUUAUUCAUCUCAGUCGAGCGCUCUGGACGCGCUUGGCUUUGCCUUGGAGGGAAACAACCUAUCCUUCUCAUUGUGGUGCUAUUGCCAUCAAAACAACCAUAAGUGGGGUGACGUAUGGAAUAAUGAGGAUUUUUCGAUUUGGUCACAAGAUGACGCUGAUAGACCCCUAAAAUCACGUCCUACAGUUGAUAGCAGUUAUAAAAUGCCAAACAGCAACGAUGCAAACAGUUCAGAGAUGGACUUUAGCGGAUUCAGAGCACUGGAUGCGAUAAUGCGGCCUUUCCCUGUCAAAAUUCACGGCCAAUUUCUCGAAGCCGAAUUCGAUCUUACCAAGGCUGUUUACGCCUUGCAUAUCCAUGGAAAGGCGAAUAGUGGGAUGGAAAAUGGCUCAGUUGAAACAUUCUCCUUAAUAUGCCUCCCACAGUGCCAUUUUCCCAUGAAAUCAGUGACGGUUAAGUCGUCAUCGGGCCGGUUUUCUUAUGAUACCGAAACACAGCUUUUGAAAUGGUAUCACGAUCCAGGUCGACAGGAGAUUGUUAUUGAGAAGGUCCAGACAAACGACGAGGAUUUUGCAGAACCAGGAGGCUCUGAUGAUUGUAAAAUUACAUAA